AUUAGAGGCCUGAGAUCUCACCACCACUUACAGGCGUCUUGAUAAACGCCGCUCUUAGCGUUUCUAGCUUUUUUGAAUCAUUUCCUUUUCUUUUCUCAAUCUAUUUUUCUGUUUUUGAAUUAAAAAAAGAGAGAGAAAAAUGAGAGAGUGCAUCUCCAUUCACAUUGGUCAGGCUGGUAUUCAGGUCGGAAAUGCUUGCUGGGAACUUUACUGCCUUGAGCAUGGCAUUCAGCCUGAUGGCCAGAUGCCAAGUGACAAGACUGUUGGCGGGGGAGACGAUGCUUUCAACACGUUUUUCAGCGAAACAGGAGCAGGAAAGCACGUACCUAGAGCCGUGUUUGUAGAUCUGGAGCCCACUGUUAUUGAUGAAGUGAGAACCGGAACGUACCGUCAAUUGUUCCACCCUGAACAACUCAUUAGCGGCAAGGAAGAUGCUGCCAACAACUUUGCUCGUGGCCACUAUACCAUUGGUAAGGAGAUUGUUGAUCUGUGCUUGGACCGUAUCAGAAAGCUUGCUGAUAACUGCACUGGCCUCCAAGGAUUCCUGGUGUUCAAUGCUGUUGGAGGUGGUACUGGUUCAGGUCUAGGAUCACUUCUUCUGGAGCGUCUCUCAGUUGAUUAUGGGAAAAAAUCAAAACUAGGUUUCACUGUCUAUCCAUCGCCUCAGGUUUCGACAUCAGUUGUGGAGCCAUAUAAUAGUGUUCUUUCAACUCAUUCUCUCCUUGAGCACACGGAUGUUGCUGUGCUUCUUGAUAAUGAGGCCAUCUAUGACAUUUGCAGGCGCUCUCUUGACAUUGAGCGUCCUACUUACACCAAUCUCAACCGUCUUGUUUCUCAGGUGAUCUCAUCCCUCACUGCCUCUUUGAGGUUUGAUGGAGCUCUUAAUGUGGAUGUGACCGAGUUCCAGACCAACCUGGUUCCUUAUCCCAGGAUUCAUUUCAUGCUUUCCUCUUAUGCCCCUGUCAUCUCUGCAGAAAAGGCAUACCAUGAGCAGCUUUCUGUCGCUGAAAUCACCAAUAGCGCUUUUGAGCCUUCUUCUAUGAUGGCUAAGUGUGAUCCUCGCCAUGGCAAGUACAUGGCCUGCUGCCUCAUGUACCGGGGUGAUGUUGUCCCUAAGGAUGUCAAUGCUGCAGUGGCCACCAUCAAGACUAAGCGAACUAUCCAAUUUGUUGAUUGGUGCCCUACUGGAUUCAAGUGUGGAAUCAACUACCAGCCACCCACUGUUGUUCCUGGAGGUGACCUUGCCAAGGUGCAAAGGGCUGUUUGCAUGAUCUCCAAUUCCACCAGUGUUGCGGAAGUCUUCUCUCGUAUUGAUCACAAGUUUGAUCUUAUGUAUGCCAAGCGUGCUUUUGUGCAUUGGUAUGUGGGUGAGGGCAUGGAAGAAGGAGAGUUCUCUGAGGCCCGUGAGGAUCUUGCUGCCUUGGAGAAGGAUUAUGAGGAGGUUGGGGCUGAAUCUGCUGAAGGGGAGGAUGGUGAUGAAGGAGAUGAAUAUUGACUUCAGUGAUGCGAACUUUUUCUAAUAUGGUUAUGAGUGUUCUGGUGAAUGCUGUCAAUGUACUUGGCCCUUCACUUGGGACCAUAUUGCUGUUAAAAUAAAAGAAUGGUGGAUUGAGGUUUAAA